AUGGAGGACCACCUCUCCAAACUGCCAUUGCUUUCCUCUGCUUCCCCCUCGCAGUCACCAGGCAGCAGCGGCACAGACGACAGCCGAGGAGCAAAGAGUCCUGCUCCAGGGAAGGCCUUGAGCCCAGGAUUGCUUUGUAAGGUGUGUGGGGAUACCAGCAGUGGCAAACACUAUGGUAUUUAUGCUUGUAACGGCUGCAGUGGAUUCUUCAAGCGUAGUGUGAGGAGGCGUCUCAUUUACAGGUGCCAGGCUGGAACAGGCAUGUGCCCAGUGGACAAGGCUCAUCGUAACCAGUGCCAGGCCUGUAGACUGAAGAAGUGUCUCCAAGCAGGCAUGAAUAAGGAUGCUGUUCAAAAUGAGCGUCAGCCACGCAGCACGGCUCAAGUGCGUCUUGACUCCCUCGACAUGGACACAGAGAAGGAGCACCUUGCAACCACACGAGAGCCCACCUCCUCUUCUUCCCUCUCUUCCUCCUCAUCUUCUUCCACUUGUUCUGUCAUCACCCGGCCUCACAUUACCUCCUCCUCUAUCAGCUCUUCCCUGCCUCCCCCACGGCCGCCAAGCCCCCAGAACAACCACAGAUUCAUGGCCAGUCUGAUGACUGCUGAGACCUGCGCCAAGCUGGAGCCUGAGGAUGUGGAUGAGAACAUUGAUGUGACGAGUAACGAGCCAGAGCGUGUGUCAUCAGAGUACCAUCUGUCUCUCUACCCAUCCAGCACUGCUGAAAAUGUUUACGAGACUUCUGCACGACUGCUCUUCAUGUCUGUGAAGUGGGCAAAGAACCUGCCAGUGUUUUCCAACCUUCCUUUUAGAGACCAGGUGAUCUUACUAGAGGAGGCGUGGAGUGAGCUUUUCCUGCUGUGUGCCAUCCAGUGGUCUUUGCCACUAGACAGCUGCCCUCUGCUCUCCCUGCCUGACCUUGCACCCACCUUGCAGGGCAAGACCAGCAUGGUGGGGGCAGACCUCCGUGUAUUACAGGAGGUCUUCAGUCGAUUCAAAGCCCUCGCUGUAGAUCCCACUGAGUUUGCCUGUUUAAAAGCCAUUGUCCUCUUCAAGCCAGAGACCAGAGGUUUGAAAGACCCUGAGCAGGUAGAAAACCUCCAGGACCAAUCACAAGUGAUGCUGGGGCAGCAUAUACGGACACAUUACUCCAGCCAAUCAGCAAGGUUUGGGAAACUGCUGCUACUGCUGCCCUCUCUACGCUUCAUCAACUCUGAACGCAUUGAGCUGCUGUUUUUCCACAGAACUAUUGGCAACACACCUAUGGAGAAACUCCUGUGUGACAUGUUCAAGAAUUAA